AUGGGCAGCUCAGGUUAUGACAUCUCCACAAAACGGAACCAGGUCUCUUUUUGUGGGCGAGCGCCACCUGGCGGGAGCAUCCGGAACCGGCGUGCUUCCAGCAUCCGGCAGCUUCCCAAGCCCGGACGGUUUUUACCGCACGCUGCCCAAGAACGCUGCGAGACCCGUGGAGGAAUAUUUCUGAUACUGAUUCUCGCGGAGGGAACGAAGGAGGGCUCGCCGUCUCAGUCUAGAACACGAACACCCCCGCGGUGUUUCCAGCGGCGUAAGGACAAGCUCAGGGGCGCAGCAUGGUUAGAGCAAGUCUGGAGCCGCCUGGAUCUCCCGGGUGAAAAGAAAAGCCACCUCCCUGGCAGCCUCGGCCUGCUGGCGACCAGUCCUCCCCACGAAAAGCGCGCGCUGCCCUGGAAGCUGCGGAGAGAGGACGCUCCCCCCACCACCACCCCGGGCGUCGAUGCCGCUUCUCAUCUCGCCGCCCCAAACACUCGAGUGACAGAUUCCGACAAGUGGGAGGCGGCGAGCGGAAAUAUUCUCCGCAGCCGCAGAAAGUUACUCGAGCCCGGGGACCGGCAGGAAAGUAAAGCGGAGCACUUGACCGAACGCGGCGGGCCGAGGGACGCCGAGGGCCGGGCACGCUGGCCCGGGCGCGCCUGGACGAGGCAGCCCGCGGCUGCAGGCGGGGACCCGGGCUCCGGCAAACCCCUCGAGCCUGCACAACUUUCUCCGCCCGGGACCCAGCGGCGGACGCCGGGAUGCGCCGAGGAGGGAGCGGGGAUCGGGGGCGCACUCACCUGCGGCGCUCUGCGCCCGGGCGCCGGGCAGCGGCUGCAGCUGCAGCCGCAGGAGCAGGCUGAAGGCGAGCGCGGCGAGGGGUGCGCGCCGCUGGGCUCCGGGAGCCGGCGCCGCUGCGCUCGAAGCCGAGGCGCGGCGCGAACUGAGGCGGGAGGCUGGGCGGGGGCGGGACGCGGGGCGGGGGGCGGUGUCCCCGGAGUCCUAACGCCGCCGCCGCCGCCGCCGCCGCCGCCCGCCCGCCCGGCGCUCCGCCUCGGCCGCGCACACACCCUCGCGCGCACGCCCGCGCCUCGCACACGCCCGCGCCUGGCCCACGCGGGCUCCCCGCGCACCCUAGCCCGGCCAGCCGGCUCGGGGCCGCUAGCUCGCACAGUCACGCGCCUACACGCAGCGCCCCCGCACCCAUGCUCCCCGCGGGGUCCUCGCCUCUUCGCCCGGAGCCGAGCCGCCGCGUGCACUGUCUGCCGGGCUGGGGCGCAGGUAUCGGCGGGCGGUGGCUGGGAGGGAGAGAGGGAGCUGCCGUUUGAACUCGGAGUGGGCGAACAGGUGAGUGGGGGACGGGUGCGAAAGGGGGGAAGGCGGAGGCAGCCGUUUGGACUCGGGAUGUGGAGCCAGGUGAAUGGGGGUGAUAGGAGGGGCCUCUGCCCUGAACAGAAGCAGGUGUCCACUAACGAGGGUCUCUGGCACGCCCUAAGAUGA